AUGCCAGAUUCACAGGAGUCAGUUUUGUCCUCCGUGUCCAGCAACUUCUCUGUGCCAGCAUUGCCGUCGUCGUCGAGCAACAUAUCGACGUCAACAGUAACCGACACGGACCUCACAUCUCCGGCUUCCACCCAUGUCUACUCGGGCCUCAGCAGGCCCACAGAGAAACCAACCGAGAUCUCGUCGAGUCAAAGUUACGGCGCGAACGCGAGGUUCAAUGCAGCGCGGAUUGAUACAGUUGCCGCGAACGCGCAGCGAACUGGUGACACAGCAGCGAGCCCCAUGUCGAUAUGCUCUCCAGCCUUCCAGGGGACCAAGAGAACAGCAGACGGGUCGCUGAAGGCUGUUGGACCAGCAACAGUGACGCCAGCUGGACGUGUAUUUGCACAUAAGAGAAACAAGAGCAUGGACACACACUCGGGUACUCGAAUUGGAGAGCUUUCCGCACAGCUCAAGACGCGUCUUUCCUACGCCAUGGUCAAGGUGCAGAAUGGCUGGGAGAAACAGUCGCUUGACGAACUGGAAGAAGCCCAUUCGCAGCAUGGUUCACCAAACUCUGCUUCUGGAGGAUCUCGUCCAACUUUUGGCUCUCCUUCGAGCACGAAUUAUCAACGCAGACCAAGCGGCGUGUCUGAAAAUUCCGAUCAAAUAUUGAUGUCGCCGGGAUCAGAUCCCUCACGGUCUCAUGCAACCACUCCAUUUUCAUACUGGCAUCCAGGCACAAAGCCCGCAAUGAACGCGGCCGUAAACCUCAUCAAUGUUACCUCUACUUAUCCUGGACGCGGGCUUGCCCCCGCUCCAGACUUUGAUACUGGAAGAAGACGCAGAGCCAACACCACGAACACGAUGCCAUCUCUUCCAGGAACAGGCCAUAGGAAAUACUUCAGCGACUUAGGAGCAGUAUCACGCGCGCCAGUGACACCCAGAGCAGGCAUUCUCCGAAUGCCUAGUCAACAAGCAGAGAAGGAUGCUGUCGACACCCUGUUGUUCAUGAGUAGCCCCAACAACUCUCAACGCUUCCCAAAUACCAGUUCAGCGGCGCCCAGCCCGCUCAGAGCCGAAGCACCUCAACGACGCGUUAUGUUUGAAGCUUAUCCUUCACAAGAGAAACGCAUUGUUUACCAAUCAUCUAUGCCGGCACCUAGCCAGUAUCAACAUCAACCCUAUGCUGCGAACCCAGCGCGGUAA